AUGGACGCAUUGCCGACAGAACUUUUGCUCGCCAUCAUCGACUGCCUGGACCUCGACCAGGGCAGCAUCGCAGCCUGCAAUCGCAUCAACAGACUAUGGCAUACCCUCACACACCAACGCCUUUACAAACAACCACGACUCGAUCGACGGUUAGCACUCGAGGCCUUUGUCAUCACAAUCGGCGCAGUAUCUGUCCCAGUGGUCGCGGACGAGUUUAUACUUCACAGCUUGACAGGACGAACAGUUCACUCUCACAACCAGGAACAACAGGACAGCUCUAUCUCUGACGACGUCCUCCGGAUAUUCCAGUAUACUCAGUUCCCGUCAUCAUACUCGUUGCCUUCCUCUUUGACCGCCACCCGCAGACAUCCAGGACGGCUGGUCGAGACGAUCGACCUGUCAAUGCUACCUCAUCGCUGGGAGACUGUUCAUAUCGGGCAUAUCCAAGGAGUCGUUCAAGGAUGCUCGCACUUGUCAUCGCUCGAUCUCAGCGACUGCAGCCAAUUACGUGACAAUGCUGUCCAGUCGAUUGCAGAGGCAUUGGGACCCAGGAAUUUACGGUCGCUCAUCUUGUCUGGAUGCACCAGGAUCACAGAUGUGGCUGUCUUGUCUAUCUGCGCACACGCUGUGGGAUUGGAGAACUUGGAGCUCUCGAAAUGCGAUCGUCUGUCUGACAUAUCAAUCCUCGAACUUGGAUCUGCUGUCAUUCAACCCACGCAAGUUCAUCUGUCUGGAUCUAGGUACUCUGGAGAUGCGACUGAGGCAGAAGCGCUGCGGCUUCAAGGAACAUCGCAGACGAUACGCAGUUUGGAUCUGUCGCAUUGUACAAGAAUCACGGAUAGAGGAAUCCAGGGAUUGAGACAGGGCGCGGUCGGAUUGACGUUGCUGAACCUGGAAGGGUGUUAUGGCGUUCUUGGAAGUGUUAAUGAUCUGGAGGCGAAUGAAUGGGAGGAUUUUGAGGACGAAGAUGACGUUGAGCUUGACAGUGACCUUGACGUCGAAAGGAGAUCAACGACAGCCAAGCCAGCCAAGAACCUGACAUCGUCAAUAGAGAGUAGUAGCGAUGAUAGGGAUGGCAAGGUCAGCGAUGCCAAUGGAUGUCAACUGCAGCAGUCCUCUCCUUCGUCUUCCUCCUCUGCCUUGAUCAUCCCAGAACUCGCUCAAGAAGUAUGCUCCUACCUUGACCGCCAAACCCUCGUCCGCGCUUGUCGUAUCUCGAAACAGUUCCUCGCCUGCUGUGGUCCCCUCCUCUGGGCAGAUAUCCCCGAACAAGCAUGGAUCUCAGGAGGAGAAGGAGAGCGUAUCCGUGUUAACAAUCACGAUAUGCAACUCCAAACGGAACAACAGAAGCGUCCCCGUGCUCAGGAACAGACCCGGGUCGGUUGUCCCUCUCCCUCCCAUAGUCGAUUGUCGUCCUGCAACGCCGUCAUCAACAAACAAACCAGCAGCCGAGAUCUCCUCUCCCACAACUCAAUCAGCAACGAUUUCAACAGCAGUAACAGCACAGUGAGCCAGGCCGAGUGUGAUCGGACCACACACAGUGCAUUCCUUCUGCUGGCAGAGGGUUUAGUCAAGGUCCUGCAGGCCAACAAGAAUCUAGAAUGUCUCCAGUUUAAGCCCCACGGUCGGAUGCCCUCCUCUCUCCUCAAGGCCUUGGCACAGCUGGAUCGACUCCGCCUUCUCUCCCUCAACGGCUGGGAAGAGUUUCAAGAGUACUCACUUCAAUUGAUUCUUGAGUCCUGCCCGCGCCUCUCGCACCUCUCCCUGGGAGAGAACGACUUCACACGGUUCACGCUCGAAUCUUUUAGUAACGAGUACUCGACUGCGGUGGCUCCAGGAGAUUUUGGAGUAGGCAAGGUGGAAGGGCCUGUUGUAAAACUGGAACGGUAUGAUGACCCGAUCAAAGGUGGAAAUGGAUCGUCGGUACGCUAUGUGGAUCAGGAUCUGUUGGAUAUUCACAGCAAACGGCCCGUCCUCUACCGUCCGUUAUCCUCUUCAUCUUUGUCAGCACCCGGCCUUACUCUGGAAUAUAUCCAUCCCCACAGCGAUCACCCUAAGCCGUCCUACCAAAACAAGAGCCACCAUAACGUAAAGACAACACCCCUCGGCAGUUGUCUCCAAAGCCUCUCGCUCCAUCAAUCAGGACUCCGCCAGGACUUUCUCGUGAACCUGACGCGACAGUGCCCUGGACUUGAACAUCUCUCAUUACUCGAUGGAUGGGGGUUCUACCCUUCCUCCCGGUUCGCAACUAUCCUGUCCGAGUCCUGCCCGAACUUGCAACGGCUCGAAUUCCGUCAACAGGCGUUGGAUCUCCAGGACGAGUUCUUUGUCUCCUUAUGUGCACAGUUUCCGGGUCUGCAGUGGAUCCAUGCGGGCAAGACUGGGUUCAGCCAAGGCGGAUUGGAGGCUGUCAGACUGUCGUGUCAUUCGAUCGUUAGUCUGGACUUGGACGGCGCUCGUGGAAUCCAGAGUCCGUCGUUGGAUUUGCUGUUAAGGACAUGUGGGUCUCUAAGGAGUCUUAGGGCCGAGGGCGUAGUUCUUAAUGGCAGAGAUUUGGUCAAGGAUUCGAGGUGGGCGUGUCGAAGACUGGAGACCCUGGUUAUUCAGAUCGAGAUCUGGGCUGCACCAGCUGGAGGACGAUCCGAAAGUGUUGAAGAGGUACGGGAGCGCGUCUAUGGUCAUCUAUCUGAUCUCACUCGACUUCAAGUUCUGGGUUUGGGAGGUGGUCACCGUGUCAGUGGGUCAACCGCUGGAGUGGAUUUGACAUUAGGGAGCGGACUUGCCAAGCUAGCUAGUUUACAUUGUCUGGAGGAGCUGCAUAUCCGAUCACUGUUCCGCGCAAUCCAGGUGGACGACAUGGCAUGGAUGGUAGAGAACUGGCCGAGGUUUCGGAGGUUAGAGGUUGGGAAGAGUCCCGCGUUUGCCAGGAACAGGGGCGGGGACAAUACUAAUAAAGCCAUCGAAUGGCUGGCCCAGACGAGGCCAGGAAUAGACAUCCGUAUUUUAUAG